CAAAAAAGUUGAAGCUGGUGAAAGGCAGUUUGACCCCUCCCCAUCUCCCAACUUGGUACUUCGCUUUGCACACAUCACAUGCUUCCUCUCACUCUCUCUCCUCUUUUCUUCUCCCACUCUUGUUCUUCUCUCUAAAUGCUCUGUACUGUGUCAAGCCAAAAAUGGAAGCUUUACUCCAUUAACGACGAGAUCCUUCCCUAAUUCUCUAAUCAAUAGAUUUUGGUGUUUUAGUGUCUGUAUGGAGUGUAAUGCAAAGCCAUCAUUGCAGUGGGAGUGGGAUAAUCUAAUAUCUUUUGGUACUUCAUCAGCUGAAAUUCCUAAAAAGCAACGACCAAUGGAUUGGGAAAAUGAUGGGUUUGAUUGCACCACUUUUUACUCGUCCAGCUUUGCUACAGAAGCAGCUUAUGGUGGUGGUAGUUCAGGUUCUGAUCUAGCUCAUGCUUUCUCUAAAAGCUCAAAGUCAACUUCCAUAAGCUCUUCAUCAGCUGAAGUGAGAACAUACAAUUUCACAUCAGAAGCUGGUGAAAGUGUUCCUCCUGGAGAAUUGGGGAGCAGUGAAGAGUUUGCAAUGGGAAUUGAUGCUUCUCCAAGUCUUGAACUCUCCUUCGGCUCUGGUGAUCCGGUUCUUGGUUUGAAGCUUGGUAAGAGGACAUACUUUGAAGACUUUUGGGAAGUGGAGAAUGCUAAAGGUUCAGCACUUCCGGUGAGCCUGGCGUCAUCUUCUGCUUCUCCGGUGAAGAAAUCCAAAACACUCUCUCAGAAAUUACAAACUCCUCACUGCCAAGUUGAAGGCUGUAACCUCGAUCUCUCCUCAGCUAAGGACUAUCAUAGGAAACACAGGAUUUGUGAAAACCAUUCAAAGUUCCCUAAAGUCGUUGUCAGUGGCGUAGAGCGCCGGUUCUGCCAACAAUGUAGCAGGUUUCACUGUCUCUCUGAGUUUGAUGAGAAGAAACGUAGCUGUCGCCGGCGUCUCUCAGAUCACAAUGCAAGACGUCGCAAGCCAAAUCCCGGGAGGACAUAUGAUGGGAAGCAACAGAUGGAUUUUGUAUGGAACAGAUUUGCACUUAUCCAUCCAAGAAGUGAAGAAAAUUUUCUGUGGCCAAAUCCGAAGCCUGUAUCAUCAAGAGGGUUAUUGCAGGAACCUGCAAAGACCGAGAUGCCCAAUAAGCUUUUCACCGAGCAUUGUGGAUUUGGAUUGUUGGACCCCAAAACGAAAACCACCAGAGCUGAGUUAUUCAGUAAAGAUUUGUUAGAAAAGGUCACAAUCUCUUCUUCACACAUGGGUGCUUCUCAAGAUCUUGAUGGUGCUCUCUCUCUUCUGUCAAAUUCAACACCAUGGGUUUCCUCGAACCAGCCAACACGGUUUUCCCUUAACCACCAUUCCACAAGCAACCUCCAACCCGUGGUUCACGGGUCUGUGACUCAACUCAGUUCAGUGUCCAGCUACUGGCAGCCGGACCCACCAGCAGCUGAGGGCUCAACCGCUUUGACUAGGAAUGGGGUAGGCCAGUUUAAUGAGAACUACAACUUGAAUCAGUUUUAUAACUGAAAGUGUGUUGCUUUUAAAAUCAUAAUAAGAUAUUUUGUGUAAGGAUCAGGUGAGCCUAGUGGUAACGUUUAAAUAGGAGCUGUGAAACUUGCUAAAGACAUCAACUCCUCUCGUCUUUCUUUUGUCCAUUGAUUUUCUUGGGUUAGGGAGAGUUGUGACAGUUAAGUAUUAUAAAUCAUCUUGUCAAAUUAUUUAUACAUUAGAAUUUUCAGAUAUUGAUGGUGUAGCAACUGAAAAAUUGAUCAAACGCAUCAUAAUAUACGUAUGAUAAGGUUA